AUGGAUACUUUGAGCUCAGUACAGCCUGCUUCCUAUGUUGGUUUUGAUACCAUCACUAAUCAGAUCGAACAUCGUCUGUUGAAGAAAGGUUUCCAAUUCAAUAUAAUGGUGGUUGGACAAUCCGGUUUAGGUAAAAGUACUUUGAUCAAUACGUUAUUUGCUUCACAUUUGAUUGAUUCCGCCACUGGUGUUGAUAUCUCCGCUCUACCUGUCUCAAAGACCACUGAAAUGAAAAUUUCCACUCAUACUCUUGUAGAGGAUCGUGUUCAUUUAAACAUUAACGUUAUAGAUACGCCUGGAUUUGGUGACUUUAUUGACAACUCUAAAGCUUGGGAACCUAUUGUGAAGUACAUCAAAGAACAACAUUCUCAGUAUUUACGUAAAGAAUUAACAGCCCAACGUGAGAGAUUUAUCGUUGAUACACGAGUCCAUGCUAUUCUUUAUUUUUUACAACCUAACGGAAAGGAAUUAAGUCGCCUUGAUGUCGAAGCUUUGAAAAGACUGACAGAAAUAGCAAAUGUUAUACCUGUUAUUGGUAAAUCAGAUACAUUAACUUUAGAUGAAAGGGCAGAGUUUAGAGAACUCAUUCAAAAUGAGUUUGAGAAAUAUAAUUUUAGAAUUUAUCCUUAUGAUUCAGAGGAACUUACUGACGAAGAAUUGGAACUAAACAGAAGUGUCAGAUCUAUAAUCCCAUUUGCUGUUGUUGGUUCUGAAAACGAAAUUGAAAUAAAUGGUGAAACUUUUAGAGGAAGAAAAACCCGUUGGAGUGCAAUUAAUGUCGAAGACAUCAAUCAAUGUGAUUUUGUGUAUUUGAGAGAGUUCUUGAUCCGUACUCAUCUACAAGAUUUGAUUGAAACAACUUCUUACAUACAUUAUGAAGGGUUCAGGGCAAGACAAUUAAUUGCUUUGAAAGAAAACGCCAAUAGCCGUUCCUCAGCCCACAUGUCCAGUAACGCCGUUCAACGUUAA